AUCACCACAAUCUCUGUUCAAGCACCACUCCUCGUGCUACUACUACAAUGGCUUUCAGAAUAAUUGAUUUCAAUGAUCCAAUUUUCUCAGGUCUUCAUAACAUGCUCAAUGUAUCUGAUCAUGAUGUUGAAAAAUCAGUGAAUACACCAUUAAAGAAGUAUGUAAGGGAUGCCAAAGCAAUGGCCGCAACACCAGCUGAUAUCAAGGAGUAUCCAGAUUCGUAUGUGUUCGUACUUGACAUGCCAGGGUUGAAAUCAGAGGAAAUCAGUGUUCAAGUUGAAGAUGACAACAUGCUUGUAGUGACGGGAACGCGCCAAAGGGAAGAAGACGAAAAAGAGAGAGAGGUCAAAUACGUGAUGAUGGAAAGAAGAAUUGGUAAAUUUAUGAGGAAAUUCAUACUUCCUGAGAAUGCUAACAUCGAUGCAGUUUCAGCUGUUUGUGUAGAUGGUGUUCUUACCAUUACUGUCCAGAAAUUGCCUCCACCUGAACCAAAGAAGCCUAGGACUAUUCAGGUCCAAAUUGGGUAAAAAAAUUGAUGCAUUAAGGACACUAGGACAUGC